AUGAUGAAAACCGAUUUGUUUGCAAUGCAACAGCACAAUAAGAGCGCCGUUCAUCCAUAUACGCCAGAUAAAAAACGAGAAUCCUGCCGUUUGGAUUGGGCAGAAUCAUCAUGGACAAGAUGGAUACAUGUAGCACUUUGGUGGUGGAUUAAACCUAUUCUUUCACUAGGAAAUCGGCGCACACUUGUUGAUGAUGAUUUAAGCGAUAUUUCAAUUAACGACAAGUGUUCCGUCUUGUUGAACAAAGUCAAAUAUGAUAGUUCUAAAUGGCCAGGCACAUGGUAUGUAAUCAGACGAACAUUUAUAAAAGAUUUCUUUCAAACCAUGUUGCUCAUGUUGGCAUAUUCCGCGACACGUGUCGUACAGCCAUUACUCGUUCGUGAAAUUAUUCUUUACAUCAGUGAUACACCAGGAAAACUGCCUUACGCGGGUUAUCUGUCAGCUGUUGGUCUUGGUAUUAUCUCGAUUCUACAAGCCAUAACUCAUCAACAAAGCUAUUUUCGAAAUCAACGAGUAGGCUUUCAAGUCAAACAUGGUACAUUGGUGGGAGUGAAAGGUGCUGUCGGUGCCGGAAAAUCAUCUCUACUAGCUGCCAUUCUUGGUGAGAUCAAUCUUGUCAGCGGAACAGUACAACAACAUGUUCGUUCUAUUUCGUACACUCCACAAUCGUCAUGGAUAUUUGCUGACACUAUACGAAGUAAUAUUCUACUUGGCAAACCAAUGAAUGAAGAACGUUACAAGAAUGUAAUUAAAGCAUGUUGUCUUGAUGUCGAUCUACAGAAUUUUGGUGAAGUUGGUGAUUUAUUGAUGAUUGGUGAUAAAGGUGUUAAUCUGAGUGGAGGACAAAAAGCUCGAAUAUCGCUAGCUCGUGCCCUGUAUGCUGAUGCAGAUUUGUAUUUACUCGAUGAUCCACUUGCUGCUGUUGAUCCAAAAGUGGCAAAGAAAAUAUUUGAUCAAUGCAUUGGUCCACGUAGUCUUCUUCGUCAAAAGACUAGAAUAUUGGUUACACAUCAGAUACAUUUCUUAAAGGAAGCAAAUCAAACGAUUCACUUAGCAAAUGGUCACAUAGAUGAAUUACAUAGUGAGCAAUCUAAUGAAGAUCAGCAAUCAAAUGCUACCGUUGAGGCAGAUUUAUCUGAUGACGACGAAGCAAACUUUAAACUUAACACUACUACAGCUGAUAUGAAUUCGAUCAUCAAAAGUGAAGCAUCAACCGGUGGUGCAGUCAAGUGGGAUGUUUGGUUUCAACUAUUCACUGCGCCACCUUUACGCUGGUUUUAUUUAGGUGCCGGAAAAUCAUCACUGCUUCAGGCUCUCUUUCGACUUGUCCAUCAAUCAUCAACCACCGGCAGUAUCCUCAUUGACGAUAUUGAUAUUGGCUGCGUUUCACUCGAUCAACUUCGUUCUCAUUUAAGUGUCAUUCCACAACAACCGAUUCUAUUUUGUGGCACACUUCGAUACAAUCUUGAUCCAUUCGAACAGUAUUCUGAUGAAGAAUGUCUUAGAGCACUUGAAGCUGUUCAACUCAAACAAUUAGUACGUGACCAUUCUGAUGGACUUAAUCAAUUGGUGGCUGAAUCAGGAGGUAAUUUGAGUGCUGGAGAACGUCAAUUAAUCUGUGUAGCACGAGCCAUUCUCAAGAAAAGUCACAUAUUGCUUAUCGAUGAAGCUACAGCUCAUGUUGACCAUGUGACUGACAGUAUGAUUCAAAGUGUUAUUAGAGAUAAGUUUCGUGAUCAUACGAUACUGACAAUUGCACAUCGAUUGAAUACAAUAGCGAACAGUGAUCGCAUUCUUAUGUUGGAACAAGGGGAAAUUGUCUAUUUCGAUGUACCAAGUAAAAUGAACCUAACUUAA